CCUGUCGGGGCGGGACGCGCUGCCGGGCCCGGAGCUCUGUCGGGGCGGGACGCGCUGCCGGGCCGGCCCCGUGGACGCUGUGGCGGCGGGAUGGUGGAGGCCUGGUACAUGGACGAGUCCCAGGAGGACCAGCGGGCGCCGCACCGCCUGCAGCCCAACCCCGCCGUCAGCCUGGAGCAGCUGCGCCGCCUCGGCGUGGUGUACCGCAGGUUGGAUGCUGAUAACUAUGAGACUGAUCCAUGCUUGAAAGAGAUUCGGAGARCAGAAAAUUAUUCUUGGAUGGACAUAGUGACCAUACAUAAAGACAAGCUUCCAAAUUAUGAGGAAAAGAUAAAAACAUUUUAUGAAGAACAUUUACACCUCGAUGAUGAAAUUCGCUACAUCUUAGAGGGAUCUGGCUAUUUUGAUGUUCGAGACAAGGAUGACAAAUGGAUUCGGAUUUCCAUGGAAAAAGGAGACAUGAUAACCCUCCCUGCUGGCAUUUAUCACCGAUUUACACUGGAUGAGAACAAUUAUGUGAAGGCAAUGAGGCUGUUUGUUGGMGAGCCCGUCUGGACAGCGUACAACAGGCCGGCUGAUGAUUUUCCUGCUCGGAAACAGUACAUGAAGUUUUUGGCUGAUGAAGCAGAGUAAUGGUGCCUCAGACCUGACAGGUGGAACAUCCUGGAGCCCCAUGAGAAUAAAUGYGCCUUGUGUCUUUUCACUGAUUAAACUUGGAUAUGCAUAGAAAAUUGGAAUCACAGAAUCAUAGAAAAAAAUAGAUUGAAAGGUGAUUUGGAGAUAAUUUAGUCCAACCUGUGAAUUACUGUGCCAGCUGUAAAGCUAGACCAAGUUGCUCAAGACCCUGAAGUUUGGAAACCUCUGGUGGUGGAGGUCCCACAGCCUGUCUGGGUGCCUGUUCCAGCACUUAGCUGCUCCCAUAGCCGAGCAUUUGUUCUUCAUGCCCAGCUCCCUGGUUGCAGUUUGCAGUUGUCUGUUGCCCUUUCACUGCAUGUCUGAGGAGUCUGGCUCUGUCUUCUUCACAAUCCCUGCUCUAGUAUGAAACUGUAGCUGGGUCUCCUCUGAGCCUUCCCCUCUCCAGGCUGCACAAACCAGUGCCCUUGGCUGGGCUCUUCUGUUAAAUAAGAUGUUCAGCACAUUUUGCUCAAGUUCUGGUGACUGAGGAAUGUCACUUGUAAUGACCUGACAGUUAAGCUUGAA